GGCACGCCCGGUGGGACUUCUCUACCUCUCAUCUCUUCUCUCUCUCGAAGAUCCUCAAAGUGUUGCAUUGACUGCUCUACGUUCGCAAUGAACACUGCUACUUCGGAUUCAUCAAGUGUGGGCUUAGUUACAAGGAGUAUGGCUAAGAAGCUGCAAGCAUCCUCCAAGACUAGCUCGACGCCCCAAACCAUUCAGAAAGGCUUACCACCUCUUGUCAACACAAGCGCAGAAGUGGAAGGCUCAAAACGAGAGAUGUCACAGUCCAUGCCUCAUUCAACAUCAAGCUACUCAGAGAUGGCAUCCGUCAUGACAACAAACGCUACAACUAUGGAAGAGCAAAUUGCAAAUUUGACCAAGGCUAUUGAGGGACUCACAAAGCAUGUUCAACAACGAGAUUCUCAAAUUGCCAAGUUGAUCAACAAGAUGGACAAAGCCGAUGCUAGUCAAGCUGUGGAGAAUCAGAUAGAGGUUCAAGACGAAGUCGAGACAUCCACAAAGCAACAACCAGUUGAAAACGAGAAGGCUCCAGCUCAAGAACUUCAAGUUUCUCCCGAAGGGCUGAUUCAUGUAGAUCAAGUGAUGACGCUGAUCAGUGAGACAAUCAAAGACAAGUUGGAAGGAGGCUCGAAGUCUCCAUCAACCUAUGUCAAGCCAUACACGCAAAUGAUUGAUGAUCUAAGGAUGCCAAUGGGCUAUAUAUACUUCCAAAGUUUCAACAAUUUGACGGCAAAGGCAACCCCAAGCAACAUGUUGCACACUUCGUCGAGACUUGCAAUGAUGCCGGGACGUACGGAGAUCACCUCGUCAAGAAAUUCGUCCGAUCGCUCGAAGACAACGCGUUUGAUUGGUACAUUGAUUUGGGGGCAAACUCCAUUGAUAGUUGGAAGCACUUGGAGGAAGAAUUUCUCAACCGCUUUUACAGCACUCGAAGAACAGUCAACAUGA